AAAAUUUACGACUAACGGAAACCGGUCACUGAAGCAUGGUUGUACUGAAAGAGAUAGAAUCACAGAAAAUGUUUUGGGGCGUGACUCUAGAUGGAGGAAAGCGUUAUACACAAACUGUGGAAAGAUCAUUCCACAUAUCUAUGGCUGCCAUGGAACCACCUGCUUCUAAAGUUGGUGUAAUGGUCUGUGUAGAUAAGGCCGAGUUCUUGCUUUGCUCCCUGGGAUACAAUGGUGUACUACAACAACCUCUGGAUCUGAUGUUUACAGAAGGAGAAGAGGUCACAUUUUUCUUAACAGGAAAUGGUUCAGUUCACCUGACUGGGUACCUGGUAGAAGAUCAACCAGAAGACAUGGAGGGAAUGUAUGAUGACUCGGAUGAAGCUCCAGAACUAAUUGGUGAUUCAGAUGAAGAAUCAGAUGAGGAUGAAGAUGAAGACAACAUGGCCCUCCUCCAGUCUAUGGGAGCAAAACGGAAGAAGAAGGAAGGUGGAAAAGAGGCAAAAAAGGUUAAACUUACAGAUGUUGAUGAUGAUGAUGAUGAAGAUGAAGAUGAUGAUGAUGAAGAUUAUGUUUACAAUGAAAAUGAUGAAGAAGAGUUAUCAGCCCUUGACUUUCUAGAUGAAGAGGCUUCAGAAGGAGAAGAUAGUAAUGAUGAAGACAGUGAAGAUAUGGAUGAAGAAGAUAUCAGUGAAGAAGAAGUAACAUACCUUCUCAAAGGAACAACAGACUUAAGCCAGGAAAAAGCAGAGCCGAAGAAGAAAACACCCAACAAAACACCAUCACAGACCAAGAAUACUCCCAAACAAGAGUCACCUGCUCAGGCUAAAGUCUCACCCAAAACCCAGACACCAGGUCAGAAUAAACAGACCCCAGGAAAAGACCACCAGCAGACACCAGGCAAGGGACAGCAAACACCUGCUAAUGGACAGCAAACUACUGAAACACCACAAACAGAGGGAAAGAAAAAGAAAAAGAAGAAGAAGAACAAACAUAAUAAGGGAGAUGAAUCUGUUGAUGAGGCUUCAACACCAAAGUCUGCUGCAGCUACCCCUUCUAAGAAAGUUCUCUCAGGUGGUAUAGUAAUGGAGGAGACUAAACCUGGCCAUGGACCAGAGGCAAAGGCAGGCAAAAUGGUGAGCGUGUAUUAUGUUGGAAAACUAGCGAGUAAUGGAAAACAGUUUGAUUCCUGUUCACAAGGAAAACCUUUCAAGUUCCGAUUGGGCAAGAACGAGGUGAUCAAAGGCUGGGACGUGGGUCUUCAAGGAUUAAAAGUCGGAGGGAAAAGAAGACUUACCAUUCCUCCCCAACAAGCAUAUGGAAACACAAAAGUGGGACACAUUCCGGCCAAUUCCACACUGAUAUUUGAUGUGGAGUUAAAAGCUGUCAGUUAAAAGAGAAUUUGUCACUCUAGAAAGGUUGUAG